AGCCCACAUUGCAGCCUUGUGUCCUCAUCACCAUCCUCCCAUAACAGUGCCACAGAAGCGAACCCUCCUUGCAAUCAAUCGUCACAAUCAGUGCUACUCUGUUGACUCCAACUCUCCUAAAUUCCCACCCUCCUCUUCCCAAGUCAACGCGGAGCCGCAUCGGAGCUUCCGACGUGGAUGUGCAUGUAAGGAGGGUCGUUUCCGGCCCCCGAGCCUUGAACACAGCGAAGGGACGCUCUUUUGACUAAAGGACGUGCAACAAUCCGAAGCGAUGGCGUAUAACAAAGGAUAUAACCCAGAUGCGCUUCCCGCGCACGCGGAGCCGGAAGAAGCCGCCCAAAUCCUCCACUCCAAACCUCCCGGCACCCGUCCCCCCCCCCCCUCCCCCCCCACCCCUACGCCACCAAACCCCCGCCCCCGCGCCCGGACGACCGUCGCCGCGACGACCGCGACCGUCCCCACCACCGCUCUGAUAGCUACCGCCGCGACGACCGCCCGCCCCCGCCCAGCGGCAGCGGCGGGAGACACGCAGACGGGCGCGAUCCACGGGAUGAUCCGCGCGCGUAUGGAUACGGGAGCCCGCCGCCAGGGAGUUUUGGGUAUCAGAAUUUGGGGGGGGUGGCACAGGGGGGUGGUGGCGGAGGGGGGUAUGGGAGGACGGGGUCGCAGAGGUUGUCGGGGGCAGGGGCACCGGCACCGGCGCCGCCGAGGGAUGCGAAUGAUCGGGAUGCGUUGUGGCCGCUGUUUAAGGCGGUGGAUAAGAAUGUAAUCAGUUGUCGGAGAAGGAGCUGUCAACGGCGCUGGUCAAUGGGGAUUACUCGAGCUUCGAUCCGCAUACGAUACGGAUGAUGAUCCGGAUGUUUGACAUAGAUCGCUCGAACACGAUCAACUU